UGGUUUGUUUUUUUUAUCCUCUCUUUCUUUAAAUAGCAGAAUUUAUUCCAGCGAGAAGGAGAAUCGCUCACUGCGAGAGGAGAUAUUUAACACAAGGCAUCUUUUGUUACCGCGAUAUGAUUUACAGAAGGCGUGGAGAGAAAAAAAAAAUAGGGGUAAAAAAAGGAUCUGGAUCGCCUCGGAUCUAAAUUGAACAUGAACCCACAUCACCUUAUGUAACCUAGAAACGCGCCGGCGGUCCCUGGUCCUGCGUGUAGCCGGGGAUCAGCGCGCACUUUGCCGCUGCAGGUUUGGAUGAAGCGGUCGCUUUGCCUGGAUUUCAUUGGGCGCUGCGGUACCUAGAGGGGUUUUAAUGCGGUGGUCUGCUUGUAAACAAACGCCAUCGGCAGAAGAUGGGGAGAAAGCCAGAGAGUAAAUGCUGGAUCAGACUGCUCCUCAUUCUCCCCUGUAGCCAUGAGGAGAGGAGAGUCACAUCCAAGGCGCAGGGGAGCGUCUAUUUACAGCUGAUCUGCCCUCACGUCUGUUUAAAAGCCACAACAAUAUCUGGUGUUUCCCUUCACCAUCAGCCUCGGGCGCAAUCAAUACCUAGAAAUAUGAUGCUGCCGCGGGUAUAGAUCUGGACCGGGCUCUCCAGAGAGAGAGAAAACUGAUGAAUCAUAUAUUGAUCGUUAUGUGUCUCUCAUGAGAUGAAGGUGUGUUUUGUGGUAACCUGGUGUGACCUCAUAUCCAGCCUCCCUCCCGCAGCGAUGCUCCAGCAGAGGAAGGUCUGGUCUCCAUCUCGCCGCCUCGGCCUGGUGUCAACCCGCCUGCAGACGCUGAAGAGCGGCUGCAGCUUCCCAUGAAGCCCCCACCUGAACGCACCACUCUGCAUGGGGCCUCUCACAUCUGACAUGGAGGAUGAAGAUGGGACUUGUCUACUUGAUGUUUUGUGUGACCCCCAAGCCCUGAAUGACUUCCUUCAUGGGACCAGUGAGCUGCAGACUGAGGACCUGCUCAUUAACUCCUCCUCUGGGGAGCCCUCCCUCUUCACAGAUGCCCCGAGUCCCGUCUCGCUGCUGGGAGACGGCAGGGACUGCCCAGACACGCCCCCGCCUGGUUGUGUGGAUCUGUCCUUCCUGGAGGAGGCUCUCUUAUCAUCUCCAGAGGGUGGAGAGGACUCCGAAGCUGUGCAGCCUCCUGUGGAGGCUGGAUGUGAAGCAAAGGCGGAGGGGGUGGGGGAGGCGGAGGUGGCGUGUGAUAUCCUCCAGCAGAGUCUGCAGGAGGCUGAGAUCACGGAGCAGACCAUGGCCCUGGAAGCAGGCCUGGCUCAAACAGGAGAUGGUUUGUCCCUGUACUCCCCCGCUCCUCUCCUCUCUCCACCGACUGUGCCAUUCAUCCCCAAAUCUGUCACCUUGCCGGUUGCUACAACGUUACCCAGGGACACCCAGGCAGCAGUCGAGCCCCCACAGCCCUCCCUGCUGGCUGUUGGACCAGGUUGCCCAUCUCUCAAACCUGCAGCCCCGGCUCAGCUGAUGGGACUCCUGCCUGGAAACGUGUUUCCUGCUCCGUCUCCGGACAAUUCCUUCUCCCUGAGUCCCGCUCAAGGUUCCAGCAUGAUCAUCCACAAGGCUGUCCCCAGUGUCACCACCCGCCCUCUCCUCAACCCGCCUCUCAGAGCUGCAGCAGCACCAGCACCAAGCAUCGUCCUGCAGCGUGCCCCACUCCCUAUUCAGCCCAAGCUGCCCAUCAGCAUUCAGCCCAGACUGGUCCAGAUUAGCCCCAAGCCCUCAGGGCAGAAAGCCACCUCUGGUCUCACAUUUGUCCCUGCCACUGCUUCUCCAAACAUGUUACUCUCCCAAGCUCCAGGCCAAAAGACCGUAGCUCCGCAGCCACAGGCAGCACAGCAGCUCUCCAAACCGGUCAGCCUGCAGCUGGUCAACCAGGGCGGCUCCUUCGUGCUACAGCCUCAGGGACUCUUCCAAGGUCAGAACCAGUUUCUUCUUCCAGGCCAGUGUCCCGUCACAAUCUCCCAGCCUGUCCGAGCGGUCCAGCCUCUCCUUACCCCCAGCCAUCAAGGCCCAUCUGUUCACAGUGUGGCUGCCUCCACUGGGCAGCUUGUGGAUGGUUCUCAGAUCCUAACUGUUCCCCAAAGACAGCUGAACUUCAGCCCAGUCUUCACCACUCCUACAGGGCAGCUAGCUCUCCGCCAGGCCACCGUUCUUUCAGGAUCGCUGCAGCUGCAGUCAGCCCCCGCUACUGUCUUCCAGAUGCCAGCACAGCUGGCUGGAGCUUACACAGCCGGAGGGCAGGGGCAGCAAGCCACCCUGGUCCACAGUCCUGCUCUUGGGAACCACAUCACCUUGAUCAACAGUUCAGGGGUGCUACCCCAGGAUCUGACUUCCAUCUCUAUUGUCAACGGCGCCUCUGUUGUUCAGGGGCUGCCGUUCGCUGCCCAGGCGGCGGCUCACCAGGCGGGGCUGACAGAAGGACAGCUGAGCCUGCAGCGGGCCUCUGUGGUGCUGCUGCCUGAGAGGCCUGUUCAGGAGGAGAGGAGCAUCUCAGAGGAGGCCUUCCAGCAGCUGCAGCAGUGUGUCUCCCUGCAGCCCUUUGGACACGUCGUCCAGCAUGUCUCAGUGCAGUCCAACUCUGCAGGGCUGCGGUCCUCUCCUCCUCCUGUAGUCGCAGUGUUACAGCCCCAUCCUGAGCCUCCUCUUGCUCCUGAAGCCGCUGUGGAGAUGCCCAAACUCCUGAUGCCCACAGCAGACCUCAAACACAUGGUGGAAGAGGUCACCCACUCCAUGAGUCAGAGCCAGGCCUUUAUGCAGCACAUGCCACAGCAGGAGGCUCUUGGUUCUCCCAUUCCUUCUGAACUAAUGGUUGCAGCCCUCCCCGCUGUACCCAUUGAUCCCCUCGCCUCCCCGGUUGGCAGCGACAGAGAGAACCAACCCCAGCCUGGUGCUGCAUCUGAACCGGAUCCUAAUGUCAUCUCGGCCGAGCGUGGUGAACUUUCUCCACAUCCUUCUGACCCUGGGGACACAGCUCUCCCCUGCUCCCCAUCUAUGGUUCAGGAAGCAGUGAGACCAGCAUCUGUAACUUUCUCCCCUCCAGCCGGGCCUCCGACUUCAGCUUCCCAGCCCCUCAUGGAGGCCCAAGUCCAGUACCAAGCCCCCCACCAGCACCAGGUCCCACAGAACUUAUUUGCUGAGGCGCAGGCAAAUGUUCCUCCGUCUGCCCCCCAGCCUCAGUCUACGAACGCCACUCCAGCCCACAGCAGUCCGUCCCCUCUGCAUGUCAGCAUCUCUGUGCCUCAGCAGCAGACUGCACAUCUCUCUAAAGAGGGAGACGAGUCUGCUGUCCAACAGCACACACAAAACAAGCCCACAGCUGCCUUGGAGAGUGAGACCUUUACUCUCAAUGUGCAUCCACCCUCACCUGCAGAUCAGGGGGCUGGAGUUCCCAGGCAUCCUGUUCAAUGCGGACCCUUUCAGGGGAGCCAGAAAACCAGCCAAAAGUUGGCAGGUAAUCUGGAGCUGCAGAGGGAGGAGAGGCUCACACCAGCAAUGCGCAGACACAGAUUCCAGCAGCAGCUUUGUUUGGACCAUGGAGCUGUUCAGAACCCGAUCACACGGCCGGCAUUCACCUCUCUGAAAGACGCUGUCAGAUGCCUCCUGCCGUACCACACCUGUGCCGGUCACCUGCCCACUCAAGAUGACUUCAAUACAGUCGACCAGGAGUUUGACACUGUGUCCGGUUUCCUGCUGAAACGCACCAAGGAUAUGGUCAACAAAUACAGGCAGCUACUGGUAAAGGAAACCCAGCAGGAGAGUCCGUCAGCAGAGAUGGUGAUGCUGGAGCGUCUCUUCCUCCAGGCUGAGAGGUACGCGUUAGCAGAGGAGAGGCGGCGGGCUCGCAAAGAUCCAGAAACAUUUAUGACAGCUUUGAUGACGUCAGCGUCUUCCCCUCACAGUGCCCAGUCCUCUGGCCUUUCUCACGUACACUCAUCAAGCAGCCCUUCCUCCCCUCCAGCCUGGGCACGACUGACCGAAAGACCCCCGGGACUGAAGACGUAUCGUUCCAGCUCACGUGGAGCUCUGAGACUGACCAUCAAGCAGGAGUCAGGUUCUCGCAAAGUGAUCCACAACUCGGCCUGCGAUCCGGGACUCAAGCGGGACCACACGGGGCAGCUGACCAACGGCGGUGGAAGUGUAAAUGAGCGUCACCCGCAGGCAACCAAUGGCGCCACUCGGCGUCACCAAUAUGGAGAGGAAAUGUCAGAUGGAGUUCUUAGCUGUAACACUGGAGAACAGGUCCAACAGACAGCGGCCGAAUCCCAAACAAAACCUCCGAUUCCCCUUCCGAUGACAGAACCAGAGGAUGUUUGCUUUGAGAUUGCCACUAGGGACAUCGGCGCCCCAAAACUGAAAUGCUACAGACUGGAUGUGUCCCCUCAGCCAGAGCAGCACUUAAGCCCGGCGUCCCUGCCUUUCCAAGAGGACAACAUCCUCAGCGAACAUCUACAGAGUGCCAUAGACAGUAUAUUGGAGCUCCAGCGCCUGCAGGGGCCCUCCACUGCCCCGAGCAGGGGAGCAUCAGGCCCCUCACUGGACCAGCCUGUCACCAGCAUCCUAGAGGGACACCUGUGAGGUAAUCUGAAAGGGCCCAAUAAAAAGAUGUUAAUGAGGAUGUUGCUUGUACUAAUUGUGUGAAGGAAGAUAAUAAUGAAUAGGCACUAUAAAGAGAUGCAUACCAGACAACAGCACUAUCUAUAGUCCAAUAGAUGUUAGAUACUUCAUUUUUGAUGUACGUUUGUGGAAAAAAAAAAUCUAUUUGAAUAGGAGCUAUAUCGUUUCAGUGGUAGUUAAGUCCUACAGAGGUUUACGACACUGGUGUAACCGUCAUCAGCAUAUAGUAUAUAAGUAAUAGUGAGGAUAAUAAAACACGGAGUAGGCUGAGAUUAUUCAAUAGUUUUUUAUUAUAAGAUUUUUUUUAAAACUGUGAAGCUUUUUUUUUUUUUUUUUUGCAUAGUGCCAAUCUUCCAGGGUAUUUAUUUUGAUACUUUGUGCCAAUUGUGUUUUGCAUUGAGAAAUGCAGCGAAUGUGUGAGGGGUGCAUGCGUUCUUGUUUGAAUUAGUUUGCGUGGAUUCCGAUGAGUGUGUGCGUGGUAGUGCAUCGGAUCAUGUGACGGGAUGAAAGACACAAAAAUAUCCCACGUGCGCCGUCAUCCUGGCUUGAUGAAUGGAACUCCAAAGAUUUUGUGACUUGCUACAUUCUAAAUACACCAGCAAACGUCCAUGUCAUGUCUCUUCCCGCAAACUAGAGUCUGUACUCGUUGAAAUAGCAAAAGACAUUAUAAAAAAAGAGGCCGAUGGGGCAUAGAAACACAUUAGGCAGUUGUGUUUUGUUGCUAUUUUUAGAAGUUUUGACCAUUUCUGAAGUCAAACUGUGACAUACUGCUACCGUAGUUUAAAUGCCACUUUUAGAGACAAACAGUUUCCCCUACUGUGUGAAUGAACAUGCAAGCAAUAAUAGGUUAGGGUUGUUAGGAGCUGCAGUGAUGCAGGAAGAGUAAGGAGCCUGUUUAAUAGCUGGGAUUGGGUGAAAGCAAAGAUUGUUUUGCAGAAUGAGAGAUGCUUUAAAGUCAUGAAGGCCUUUGCUGUUUUGAAAAUAUUGUCUCAAGGGAUUAAGGUUGGCUUAUAGGCAUCGAUGACCAUAAAAAAUGUUCAGUUUUGGAAUGAAAUACACCAAAACUAGUGGAAAAUCCUGAGUUUGAGCCUCUCUGCAUCAUCAGCCUUUAACCAAAAACACGACAGAUCAUCUGCUACACUUCCAUUUUAUUUAGGCAAUUGUUGAUUUUUGCAGCUUCUUAUGUUAUUGUGACAAUCUGUUCGCCCAUAUGAAAACGUGAAUUCUGUUGCUAUCCAUCUUUAAAUUUGUGCGAAAUAUUUGCUGUAAGUGAAUUUUUUUGCUAGAAGAUCAAAAUUUGAAAUGUAAAAACUGCAAAAAUAUUGUUCUAACAUGUUGGAAAGGCAGAAAUUAAGCUUAGGGUUUUAAUGUAUGGAGCAAAUUUUGUGUCUUUAUUUUGCAAAUGCUUGAAAAACUAUUCUAGCAAUGAUAAUUUUUAAAGACUGAUCCAUAUAUAUAUAUUUUUUAAAUUUACCUGAUGGUUGCAGAUUUUGCUAAUAGGGACUUAAGAUCUGUAGUUGCAUCACAGAUCAAAACUAUUUGUCUAAGCAAUAAGCACAACAUCUCGAUUGUGUUCCAUUUCAUUUGAAAGGCAAAAUGACAAAUCUUGAAAUGAUUAGAUGUUUAUCCUUUAAUGUAUAACUGUAAUAACAUUAAUUUGCUAUAGCAGUGGUAGAAAUAAUUAUUUGAAAUAAAAAAAAAAAGCAGAAUCUCUAUUUUCAGAUUAUUAUUCAGAUGUCUCAGGAGUUUUGAUUUCAGAUAUUUGUUACAAUAUAAUGACACAAAAUUUGUUCCAUACAUUUAGGGGUUAAGACAUGUAUUGGAAAUAUUUUUAAAAUGGACCCCAUAUGAAAUAGGGUGUUUAUCUUAAAGUAUUCUCUGAUCUCAGUGUUGGGAAACGAGAGCAUCCAGAAUUUUGGGCCAACUUGCUAAUGUUUUGUUUUUUGUGAGUCUUUUUUUGUGUGUUUAAAUAGUCUUUUGUCACAUUGAGCAAAAGGAGUUUUAAUAUGCAGUAAUUUAGUGUUGAAACUAAAUGUUCUAGUGUCUGUGGAGACAUGGAAGAUCCAUGAGACAUGUCUGUAUGCUAUUGCUAAAGGUACGGCUGGCAGGAGUCAGCUCGCCUGCUUGGGGGAUCUUAAGGGCAAUUGGCUGCAAGUUUACAGUUUAGAUAAUCUAAAACUUAAAAGUGACUUUAAAAAGUAUUUACACCCUUGAACCUUUUUAGAUUACGCCCAAAAUGAUUGUCUUGAUCUGGAAGUAUUUGCAUAUCCGUAUAAGAAAAAAGUUCAAGCUUGAUUUUCUUUCUCAUUCAUGCAUAUAUUUUGAUACUAACCAGUCUACUUUAUAAUGGUUUUAUUUCUUGAAGUUCUGAUAUUUAAUCUGAUACUUUGUCAAAAUGUUCCAGUUAACUCUCACUAUGUUCCCUCCACUGUUGCCAAUUUUUCAGCAAGGAAAGUCACUAGGUGACAUUUUCUAAUUUAUAAAUUAUUCAAUAAUUUACCUGAACUCAAACUAUAUAAAUCAGUAUUUAUCAAAUUCAGCUUUGAGGCAGUUAACAUAGGGGCAUACAGUGGCUGAUACUGUUUAGGAAUUAAUGCAGGGAGGGUCUAUUUUAGUGCAAGUUUCAAAAAACAGAAAAAAACACUUCAAAUAUAUUUACAUCCUUGCUUUUUAAUACAGGGAGGAUCAAUUGAAGCUUUGGGCAUAUGCGAGUCAUCUUUGAUAUGGUAAACCGACAGCAUACAUGGUUAGGUGCCGACUGUCACCGCUUUGGAGGGUGGAGGGGCUCGCAGCAGCACUCACUUCUUCCUGUAGACCAUAAACUCUAUGGCAAUAUUUGCUUUAAAGCUGUUGCUCACAGAAAAGUCACUAAAGUGGUCUGAAGAGUCAGAGUUGGCAACACUGCUUUACUUUCCCUGUUGGAAAGCAUCGCCACAGCAUACUUCUGCCACCACCAUGUUUCAAUAUAUGAGGUUUUCCCAAAGAGGUUCCUUCCUUUUUGCCAUUAUCAGGCAAUCAGAUAUUCUGACUUAAAAAAAAAAGUUCAGUGGGUUAUACUGUUGCAAGUCACUAUAAUUAAAAUUCAGCAAAGAGGGGGCUUUUUUUUUUUAAUUAACAGACAUGUUGGAUCCUCUGUCUCCACCAAGUUUCAGCAAAAAUGCAGUAAAAAGAUGUCAGUGUCUUUCACAACAGAUUGCACUCUGUCACUGCUGAACUUAUUUAAGGGGAAAUCAUUUAUUUAUCUUGUGCUAAGUACUUCCCAAAGUUCUCCUUUAUAAUUAAGUUCUUAUAGAAGCGCAACAUGGACAGAGUCCCCUUGAAUGAAGCAGCCUCAUGUGCCAUGUUUUUGUUUUUCCUCUGAAGUGUCUAACGCUGCCCUUUAGAUACUUAGCUUGUCUGGAUCAUCCGAUAAAAUAAUUCUGCAUGUUGAGCCAUUUUAUUUGUAAUUGUGCUUUAUUCAGCGUUUGAACUGUGAAACCAGGGGAGCUCAUAACUUUACACAAUUUCAAACAAAAACAUUCGACUAGCAGAUUGUUCUGAUGCCAAAAUCAAGAGGCCUUAAUUCAACAGAACUAGAUUGUAAAAAAUAAAUGCUGAUAAAAAGAAAAAAAAAAAAAAAAAACUAGAGGGUUCAACUAAAGACUCCUUUGACCUGAAACGAGUCAUUCAUAUAAGAAAUGUUAAGAAAACCACUUUUGUACUCAUUUUUACAAACUAUUUAUUAAACUGUGAUUUUGUAA